AAAUGGAUCCAAAUUAUUUGACAGAAUCUAUUGCAAACGAUGAAGAUAUUGAUGUUUAUAUGAAUGCUGACUCUUCUGCAGAUGUGAUAUCAGACACCAAAGCAAAUGAUGCAACUGAGAUGGAUGAUGUCAGGGAGACAAUAACACUUGAUGUUUCAGACAGUGAAAGCGAUGUCAGUGAAAACCUUUUUGAAAUGCCCAGAGAAUGCGGAUAUAUUUGGACUGAAUUUCAGCAAGUAUUGAAAAAUGUCUUUGGUGAGCGGACAGAGCCUCCAGACGUCCCAAGGAAAUUUAUAAAUGACGCAUUAUUUGAAAUAAAGUGUUUCGAAAAUGAAGGUAAUUGCCCGCAGGAAUCCGUAAGUGUCUGGAGGAACAGACUAAAUGACUGGUUAAAUGAGAUGACACGCAUGAGAAUUAUGCGCAAGUCAAAUAAAGAAACCAGAAACUAUCGCCAACAACCACGACUACCUGAGAAGAAAGGCAAGGCCGCUGAAAUAGAUAAUGAUGAUUUUUUUAUACGCAGCGAGUACAUAGUCCCAUGGAAUCGACUUAGGAGCAUAUGGAUAGUUUAUUUCAGAUUACAAGAAGGAUUUCCAGAGGGUCGCUCUCAUCAGUUUGUUGCGCGAUGGAUAAAUAUUGAGCUGUUGUAA